AUGAAGCGGCGCAAUGCGGACUGCAGCAAACUCAGACGGCCGUUAAAACGGAACCGAAUCACCGAGGGUAUAUAUAGCAGUACAUUCCUGUAUCUGAAGUUCCUGGUUGUGUGGGUUUUGGUUCUUCUGGCUGACUUUGUGCUUGAGUUCAGGUUUGAGUAUCUGUGGCCCUUCUGGCUUUUCCUUCGCAGUGUUUACGAUUCCUACAGAUAUCAGGGACUGGCGUUCUCAUUGUUCUUCGUUUUUGUGGCCCUCACAUCAGACAUUAUCUGCCUCCUCUUCAUCCCUGUCCAGUGGCUGUUCUUUGCUGCCAGCACCUAUGUAUGGGUCCAAUAUGUGUGGCACACAGAAAGAGGAGUGUGUCUACCCACCGUGUCGUUGUGGAUCCUGUUUGUGUAUAUCGAAGCUGCCAUCCGCUUCAAAGACCUGAAAAACUUUCAUGUAGACCUGUGUCGACCUUUUGCAGCUCACUGUAUUGGCUAUCCAGUGGUGACUCUGGGUUUUGGCUUCAAGAGCUAUGUGAGCUACAAGAUGCGGCUAAGGAAACAGAAAGAGGUGCAAAAGGAGAAUGAGUUCUACAUGGAACUGCUACAACAGGCUCUACCUCCAGAGCAACAGAUGCUGCAGAGACAGGAGAGGGAGACAGAGGAGGCAAAAGGGACUUCAGAAACAGAACCGUCAAAUGGGUCUCAAAAUGGGGUACCACCCAGCAAGAAGAGCACCUCAGUCCCAUUACCAGAAUUGGAGUACCGGGAAAAAGGGAAAGACACUUCUACAAAAGAGCGUGAAGGCAAAAAACAAAACACAGUUGGAAUCAAUAACAACAUUAUACACUCACUGGACUCCAAGCUACAGGAGACUGAAUAUAUUGAGAACUACGUUAGGGCAAAGAAGAUGAGCAAUGACGUGGCGGGAGAGAAUAUGCAUGGAGAUACGAAUGCCCUCACUUCCAAAGAAGAAGUGGCGGGAAGUGGGAAGAACUACAAAAAUGCCUCUGGAGGAGGCGUCUGCAACUCGUCGCCACGGAAUCACAGUUUCAGUAACGGCAGCAUUCCGACGGGUUCAUCGACCAAUAAGAAUGAUAAAAAACAGAAAGGGGCAGGGAAAAGUCCAAAAGAUCCACUCGAGAACUGCAUUCCUAACAACCAAUUGGGAAAAACGGAUGCUUUAGUACGGAUGGAGCAGGAUGUAAAGCGCCUCAAGGCAGACCUGCAGGCCAACAGACAGGUAGAGUCAGAUUUGCGAAGUCAGCUGUCUUCUUUGAGCAGCCAAGACCGCAGCCUUCGCUCUGAACUGGGCCAGCUUCAGCAGGACAAUGAACUGCUCCAAAACAAGCUCCACAGUUCCGUUCAGGCAAAGCAGAAAGAUAAGCAAACCAUCUCCCAGCUGGAGAAGAGGCUAAAAGCUGAGCAGGAUGCUCGUCUCCUAGCUGAAAAACAGCUGGCAGAAGAGAGGAAGAGGAAGAAGAUGGAGGAAGCCACAGCUGCUAGAGCGGUGGCUUUAGCUGCGGCCACCAGAGUGGAGUCGACUGAUUCCCUGCGUAGUCGUAUCAGAGAGCUGGAGACAGAGUGCAAAAAGCUCAGCAUGGACACAAAAGUCAAAGAGGAACAGAUUAGAGACCUGGAGGGCAAGUGCCAGGAGUUAAGAAAGUACAAAGAAAACGAGAAGGACACAGAGGUGUUAAUGUCUGCGUUGACAGCCAUGCAGGAGAAGACCCAGCACCUGGAGAACAGCCUCAGUGCUGAGACCAGGAUCAAGCUGGACCUCUUCUCUGCACUGGGCGAUGCCAAGAGGCAGCUGGAGAUAGCGCAAGGUCAGAUCCACCAGAGAGAGCAAGAGAUAGCAGAGCUAAAGCAGAAGAUUGCGGAAGUGAUGGCAGUGAUGCCCAGCCUUUCGUACUCGUCAGACAACAGUAACCUGAGCCCGGUGACCCCGCACUACUCCUCCAAGUUCAUGGACAAUAGUCCCUCCUCUCUGGACCCCAACGCCUCAGUCUAUCAGCCUCUAAAAAAAUAA